GGCGACUUGGAUUUGGAAUGAUUUUAGAAAGAGAAAAGAAAGAAGGAGGAGAGAGAAAUCAUUUUCCGGGAAAAUUAAAGUGCGAAUCGGAAUCCGAAAAUGAGUAGGGUUUGGAUUUUGCUAUUCCUGUUGCUGAUCUCCCAGUCCAAUGAAGUCUGCAGUUCCUACGCGGGUUCCGCUAGCUCCAUCAUCAACCCUUCUAAGGUCAAACAGAUUUCCUGGAAGCCAAGAGCUUUCGUUUAUGAAGGUUUCCUCACGGAUUUGGAAUGCGACCACUUGAUCUCUGUAGCCAAAUCUGAGCUUAAGAGAUCUGCCGUAGCGGAUAAUCUCUCUGGAGGGAGCCAGUUAAGUGAUGUUCGAACAAGCUCUGGCAUGUUCAUUCCUAAGAACAAGGAUCCUAUUAUUGCCGGUAUUGAGGACAAGAUUUCAUCAUGGACCUUUCUUCCUAAAGAAAAUGGGGAAGAUAUACAGGUAUUGAGAUAUGAGCAUGGACAGAAAUAUGACCCGCAUUAUGAUUACUUCACUGAUAAAGUUAACAUAGUUCGGGGUGGACACCGUUUCGCGACUGUUCUCAUGUAUCUCACUGAUGUGACCAAAGGCGGUGAAACAGUGUUCCCUUCUGCAGAGGAAUCUCCACGUCGCAAAGGUUCUGAAACAUAUAGUGAUCUCUCUGAAUGUGCCAAAAAAGGAAUAGCAGUGAAACCGCGUAGAGGGGAUGCACUUCUCUUUUUCAGUCUUCACACAAAUGCAACCCCAGACACUAGCAGUCUCCAUGCAGGAUGCCCAGUAAUCGAAGGUGAGAAAUGGUCAGCAACAAAAUGGAUUCACGUUGACUCGUUUGAUAAGACGGUGGGUGCUGGAGGGGACUGUUCUGAUCAGCAUGUAAGCUGUGAGAGAUGGGCUUCCCUUGGAGAAUGUACUAACAAUCCUGAGUAUAUGGUUGGAUCUUCAGACCUUCCUGGGUACUGUAGGAAGAGUUGCAAGGCAUGUUAGAAAUUUUACUCGAUGCUUUCCAGAUUCCACAUGGUUUUCUGCCACCGGGUUUCAAAUUUCAAUUGGUUCUUUCCUGGAUUGUAAAUUAGUUAUACGUCAUUGUAAUGGAUAGCUUUUCAGGCACACCGCCUGGCUUCUUCAAGUGGCAGAACUGAGUUGUUCAUCCGGGAUUCUGCUUUUUUUACAUGGGUUAUUUUGUAUGAAUAA